GGGGCGUUGCUGGGAGAGAGUUGUGUCCAUGGCGUCGUUAUCGGUCGAGGACGACUUGGCGGCUCAAACCACCGUAACAUGGUGUGGGAAGUGAAGACAAAUCAGAUGCCGAACGCGGUUCAGAAACUCCUGCUGGUAAUGGACAAAAGGGCUUCAGGAAUGAGUGACUCAUUGGAGUUGUUGCAGUGUAACGAGAACGUGCCAUCCUCACCUGGAUAUGCUUCUUGCGACGAGCACAUGGAGCUUGAUGACCUUCCCGAACUUCAGGCAGUUCAGAAUGAUUCUACCCAGUCUGCCGUCUUCCACCUUAGUACAGAUGUUUCUCAUCAAGAAUAUUCCAGGCCUCCUUGGAACCAGCGUACCUCAGAAAUGUCAGAAAACGCGUAUUCUAAUGACAACGGGGUGAAUUGGCUGACAGAACUGGCAAACAUAGCCACUAGUCCUCAAAGUCCUCUUAUGCAGUGCUCAUUUUAUAACAGAGAGAAGCGUCACGGCCCAGCGGAUAAGGCACUGGCCCGGGAGUUAGAGGUCGUGGGUUCUAAUCCCGGCUCCGCCGCUUGUCUGCUGUAUGACCUCGGAUCAUCUCCCGUGCACAUAAUAGCGACGAGCAAAAGUUUGCAUUCCUAUGCCCGCCCUCCACCUACAGUUGCCAAGAGUGAACCAGCCUUCUCCAGUCAUCCUUGGAAGGGGAAAGCAAAAAUCAGACAUGAAAGGGCAAAUAGCGAGUCAGAGUCUGGGAUCUUCUGCAUGUCCUCCCUCUCGGAUGACGACGACCUGGGAUGGUGCCACUCUUGGCCUUCCACCGUCUGGCACUGCUUUUUGAAAGGCACACGCCUAUGCUUUCACAAGGGGUACAAUGAGGAAUGGCGGGACGUCGAAGAGUUUGCCAGGUCGGAAGGCUGCGACAGUGAGGAAGAUCUCCCCAUGGGUACUCAAAAGGGUUAUGGAUCUGAUGGGCUAAAGCUGCUAUCCCAUAAAGAAAGCGUGUCCUUCGGCGAGUCCGUUCUGAAGUUGACCUUUGAUCCGGGUACAGUAGAAGACGGUUUACUCAGCGUUGAGUGUAAACUGGACCAUCCUUUCUAUGUUAAAAAUAAAGGUUGGUCGUCGUUUUAUCCCAGCCUGACCGUGGUUCGGCAUGGCAUCCCGUGCUGUGAAGUUCACGUCGGCGAUGUAUGUCUACCUCCUGGACACCCUGAUGCCAUUAAUUUUGAUGAUUCAGGUGUUUUUGAUACAUUUAAAAGUUACGACUUCACGCCCAUGGAUUUCUCCGCCGUCUACGUGCUGAGCAGCAUGGCCCGCCAGCGCCGGGCCUCUCUCUCCGGCGGAGGCCCCCGGAGCCAAGGCUUCGAGCGAGCGGGCUGCGGCAGGAGCUGGGUCUCCGGCGGACCGCCGGAUUCUUUGUUCAGCAGGGCGCUCAAAAGCCACGGCUCGGGGCCGGCCCGCCCGGGGAGCGCCGCUUCGCCCAACAAAUGUAAAAGACCAAUGAAUGCCUUCAUGCUGUUUGCCAAAAAGUACCGCGUUGAAUACACUCAGAUGUAUCCAGGGAAAGAUAACAGAGCCAUAAGUGUGAUUCUUGGGGACACGUGGAAGAAGAUGAAUAACGACGAGAGGAGGAUAUACACACUAGAAGCCAAGGCCUUGGCUGAAGAACAAAAGCGUCUAAAUCCCGACUGUUGGAAACGGAAACGAACCAAUUCGGGUUCGCAGCAACAUUAAACCCGGAGUUUCACCGCUCCUCAGUAUCUACAAAACUGUUGACACUUGACGGAAAGAAACCGGACGGCAGGCUUAAGAAGAAGCGGGGGGCCCACCCCCCCCCGCGGUGGACGCGUGCCCGGCCGAUACCGACAGCCUCGAGUCUCGAGACGGCCCGAGGGAGGACCCGCUUUCUGCGAUAGAGCGUUAAGUAAGCUGAACCUGUCGUCGCCGUAAACCAAAUUGCCUUAUUUUUCUGCAGAACUUCAUAUACGUCUAUCAGGUAUUAUAGGCUUGAAAAAUCGAUAACCUGUGGUGCUACGGAGUACGGUUAGAAGGAGGAGGAGAAGUGUAUAAAAUGUUUUAUUAUGUACAAAAAAGUUGGGGGGGGGGUUUAGAAAAACACGUAACUGCUGUUUAUACAUUGGAUCCUUUCUGCUUAUUAAUCUGUCUAGCACCGACCACGCCCAGAUGGUGAGAUGGGCACCUCUUGGGGUCUUCGGGGGGAUCCGGGCCCCGGGAGUCCUUGACCUUUGCUCCCCCGGACCCCCCCAUCUUCCCGGUUCACCCCGGCCUCCUGAGGGCGGCCCCAGAAUUUUGCACUUAUCGGCCGUGCAACAUUUGCACUUUACUUUUUCCUCCGACCGUCUGGUUAGAAUAGGGUAGAAUCCAUUAGCAGUAGAGCCGCUUUUACAAUUUUCGUGUCACUUACCUGAGUUGUGGGG